CCGCUUCCACAGACAUGAAAGUCGGUGUUUCAUCCACCGUCUAAUUCACUAAACUCAGCAGCCUUGCCUCGUUUUGCUCCAGCCGCUUUAUUGUCUUGAAAUUUAACUCCUAACUCAUGAAAGGACUCAUAUCUGCCUCCAGUCUCCCUGUUGGGAGCGAUCUGAGCUGAAGUUGCGCGCGGACGGACAGCCGAGCGUGUCUCUCCAGGGGAGCGAAGUGUAAGAUCCCACUCCACUCCACGCAGAUUCCACAGGAGCGCGUUUAAGAACUGCUUUUGACACGAUCUGAAGCGCAGAUGAACGGGAUGACAGACGGGUUUGAGGCUUUUUUCGCUGUUGGAAAAUGACUAUAAGCGUCGGUGAGCUUUCCAUGAUGGUGAGGAGAUGCCCUGUCACUUUCAAACCAUUCAGGAUCUUUGUGGUCGGGGUCGGCUUCUUCAGCCUUUGCUUUCUAAUGACCUCUCUCGGGAGCCAGUUUUCAGCCAAGCGACCAGGAGACUCCCCGUUCACCACACGAGCUGAAGUUCUCAGUGGCCAGGAAUCUCGCGGAGUGCUGAGGAAAAUUAGUGACAUGCUAGAGAUGAUUAUGAAAAGGAUGGAUGCAAUGUCUAAGUUGGGCAACACCACUAACACCCACAGGAUUGAUGAACUCAGCUCAGCCCUGGACAGGUUUCAGCCGAUGGGGCUGGUGGACAGGAUCCAGGCCAUAGCCCAGAACAUGUCCGACAUGGCCGUGCGGGUUGAGCAGAUCCUGCAGCGCAGCAUGGCCAACAGCCGAGGUAAAGAUGGGGUCUUUGGAUCCUGUGAGACUCCCAAGGAUCCCCAUUAUCCAGACUGCUCCAGCAAGAUGGAUUGGAUGCGUGCUCGCUGGACCUCGGACCCCUGCUAUGCAUUCUACGGUGUCGACGGCUCUGACUGCUCCUUUCUCAUCUAUCUGAGUGAAGUGGAGUGGUUCUGCCCCCCGCUGCCCUGGAGGAACCAAACUGCUACACCCACUCUGAAGCCUCUUCCCAAAAAGCAGGCAUUUUUCCAGUCCGAUAUUGGGAGUCUGCUGGAGCAGGUUGGAACCGGGAAGGAGUCACUGAGCUUCAUGAAAAGACGCAUACGCAGGCUGUCUGCGGAGUGGGCCUCUGCUGCCCGCCGACUGGAUGAGAAACUCCGCAGCCACCCGAGAGAACAGAAAAGGAUUCUAGUCCAUGUGGGCUUUCUGACUGAGGAGUCUGGGGAUGUUUUCAGUCCCAGGGUGCUGAAAGGAGGUCCCCUGGGUGAGAUGGUGCAAUGGGCUGACAUUCUCACUGCUCUCCAUGUUCUUGGUCACGAUGUCAAGAUCUCGGUUUCUCUUAAGGAAUUGCACGGGUUUUUAGGUGUUCCACCUGGAAGAGGAAGCUGCCCCCUGACAGGACCUUUACCGUUUGACCUCAUGUACACUGACUACCACGGACUGCAGCAAAUGAAGCAGCACUUGGGUCUUUCUCUGAGGAAGCACAAAUGCCAUAUUCGGGUGAUUGACACCUUCGGCACAGAGCCUGCUUACAACCAUGAGGAAUAUGCCACUCUUCACGGCUACAGAACCAACUGGGGCUACUGGAACCUUCAUGGCCAACAGUACAUGACCAUGUUCCCCCACACUCCAGACAACUCUUUUAUGGGUUUUGUGGCAGAGGAACUGAAUGAGACUGAGAGGAUGUUUAUUCAGAGGAACAAAGUCAACAACAUGGCUGUUGUCUAUGGCAAAGAUGCCAGCAUGUGGAAGCUUCAAGGUAAAGAAAAUUUCCUGGCAAUCCUGCAUCGUUACAUGGAUAUCCAUGGUACUGUGUACUUUGAGACGCAGCGCCCCCCAGAGGUCCCUGCUUUUGUUAAGAAUCAUGGUCUGUUACCUCAGCAGGAGCUGCAGCAGCUCCUCAGAAAGGCAAAGCUAUUCAUUGGAUUUGGCUUCCCAUAUGAAGGCCCGGCUCCUUUAGAAGCGAUAGCCAAUGGCUGCAUUUUUCUGCAACCCAAGUUUAAUCCUCCUCACAGCUCUCUCAAUCAUGAAUUCUUCAGAGGGAAGCCCACCUCCAGAAAGGUGUCCUCUCAACAUCCCUACGCAGAGGAGUAUAUCGGCAGGCCGCAUGUCAUCACCAUUGACUUCAAUAACUCUGAAGUAUUUGAAGCAACCAUACGUGAGAUCAUGAAGAUCGAUGUGGAGCCAUUCCUGCCCUAUGAAUAUACAUGUGAAGGAAUGCUUGAAAGGGUUCAUGCCUAUAUUCAGAAUCAGGACUUUUGCUCACCCGAGGUUCCCUUUCCUCCAGUAAACACAUCGUGGGAUUUGCUCAAAGGGCCCUUCCUCCCUUUGCCUAACUCAAAAAUGCUUACAUGGGGCUCCAAUGCCAGCUCUUUCCCAUCAUGGCCUCCUCUCACUGCACUCCGGCUUUUGACAUCACUACAAGGCCAGUCAUGCGUGGAAGCAUGCCAGAGUGAAGGACUAAUCUGUGAACCUGCCUUGUAUCGUUUUAUCAACAUCAAAGAAGCAUUCAGCGCGUUGGACCUCCAAUGUGAAGGAGUAGAAUCUGAGAUGAACCACCUCUUUCCUGCCUUCUCUGCAGAGCAUGCUGAAUGCAGCCUACAGCACGAUCCUCUAUUGUUUAGCUGUGCUGGUUCUAGUCGCAAAUACCAACGCCUUUGCCCAUGUAGGGACUACCAAAAAGGACAGGUUGCAUUGUGCAGGGACUGCUUAUGACCAAAGGAUGGCCCAGUUCAGGGAGCUUUUUUAAAUCAUGCUUAUUAAGAUCUAAAAUGUCAUUUUAAAAGAAACACUGAAGUGAAAGAGCUGCACUGCUAAAAUAGCAACAUGGCUCACUUGUCACUGUCCUCAGACUUGCUGCUAAUAGUUUCAUUGACCUCAGGGAACUGCAUGAUUGAGUUUUUGAAAUAAAUGCUUUCAAAUAUUCAUCUUGUUACAGAACUAACAGGCCCUAUGAAAAAGAAAAUAUGUCCUUCUCAAUGACUUCGUACAGAAAAAAAAAAUCAAAAACGAUUGUUUUUUGCUUUUUUUUUAAGCUCUUGUAAAUGUGUGUUUGUUUCAACCAUCACUGUACCAUUACCGGGGCUGGAUAUGUCCGCAGACACUCCCAAAGACAUUAUUUAAAGAUGUACUAUUUUAUGUGUCCUGUGGAAAAAAACAUUUGUACAUAUAGAAGGUGAAGUUUAAUAAACCGAAGAGCAAA